GCAUAUUUCUAAAGUACUUAAAAUAUGUGUACCCAAAAAGCAUGGAAGGUAGAGAGAAUCUAGAAAAUGUGAAAAAAUUGCCCAUAUCUUUCACAUCCUCAAUCAACCCCUUUAUUAAUUAAAUCCGAUAUUUAUUUGGUUAAAGAAAUCAUCGAACUUGAGCCAAAGGUGAAGCAAAGUAUAUAGAAUAUAAUAGAGAGAGACUACAAGUUGACAAAAUUCAAGUCAUUCAACUCAUUGUAUCAGUUGUUGUUGAGGGGGGUUCAGUUCUCUCUCCUUUUAUUUUUCGGCGCUUUUUUGUUUUUUUUUUGAGAAGAAAGAUCCCAUUUUUAUCAUCUGGGUAUGUGGGAUCUCUCUAUCUUGUUAUCAGGUGUUUUGACUCAUGGUCAUGAUGAUGAUGACCAUGAUGAUUUGUCAUGGAGGAUGAUUUGGUGAAUUCGGGAGGGAGCUUUGAUAAAAGGGGUGGUGGAGGAUAUAGUUAUGAGGAAUGGGAACUGAAGUACAGUCUAAGAUGUAUCUACCAGGUUACUAUUCCUUGAGAGAUCUAAAUGACAAUACUGGCAGUGGUAGCUGGUCUUUAUGUCAGCAAAGCAAUACGUUUGGUCAGUACCAUGAUUUUUUCAUGUCAAGGCAAGCAAUAGAUGUUAAGGAGGAACAUGACAAGCAACAAUUGAGGCAAACGAUAUUGAAGCAUGAAUCUAUGUUCAAGCAUCAGCUCCAUGAACUUCAUCGUCUUUAUCACAUACAGAGGGACAUGAUGAAUGAUAUGAGAAGCAGGGAAUUAAACAAACAUCUGAUCCCGGAAAGACUAUCACGGUCAAAUCUUUAUUCAUCUGGAUUUUCAUUCACAGAUGAAAAAGUUAGGCAGCAUAUUUCCAGUUUGUCCACGGUGGAUUUGACUCAUGGCAGACUGUCUAUUUCUGGUGCUGACAGCUUCCAACGUCAUUUUGGAUCCAUAAAAGAGAAUACCAUGCAGUCCGGUUAUGGUCCUAAACAAAAUGGAUUAAGAUUGACGGGCUACGAGACUUCAGAAUCUGAAAGCAAGAAGCAUCAAAGAAGGUUAAUUGAUCUUGAACUUCCUGCUGAAGAAUACGUUAAUUAUGAAAGGGAAGGUCAAGGGCUUUCUGGAGUGUCAGUGGGUAGUUGUUUCCUUAGCAGGGACCAUGCGAUGACUCCUGAAAGAGUUGGGAAUUCAUCUUUUCACUCUGGUGAUGGGCCUAGUCCGAGUUCAUAUAUGAGGAAACCCCAGGGACCAAGUAAUUUAAAUGAACAUGUUAAGGUUAAAGAAGCAUCUGUCUCAGCUUCCACAAAUGUUCUGGGAAAUAUUAUCUGCUCCAACAAUGAGAUGGAAAGACGGUUUCCAUCUUCGUAUUCACAUUCUAGCUUUCACUGCUUGGAUAAUAAAUUAUCCCAAGAUCCCCACAAAGGAAAGGAAAGAGGGGUCAGCUUUAGCAAUUUGCAUUUAGAGACUGAAAGGCAACAAAAUGGGUGGCCAGGGUAUAACCUUGAAGCUGGCCAAACUGGAAGCAAUGGAGGUCCAUGUCAUGCGAGUUAUUCUCGAGAGGAUUUACCUGCAACUGCUAAGUCACAGCAAGUUGAACCUAGGAACUCCAGCUUUUCAAAAUUCAUCUUGUCUGAAGAAAAGAAGACGGAAUCACAUCAGAAGAAGAAAAUUUUUGGUAUCGAAAUAUGUGAAAGUAACAAUGGUGCAUCCAUUGAGGCCUUCCGUUUUCCUAAUCAGAACCCACUUAUUCCUCAAUCUAAUACGGCCAAUUCUGAUUCAUCCUCCAUUUCUUCUUGGAAGAAGCUUUAUCCUGGCUCAAGCCAUAAUGUGAUGACGGUUCAAGGACACCCCUUGGUUAGCGCCUUUACUCAGUCAAGUAAGAGUUUGGUGACAUUGAUGCACAGCCCUGACCCUGUUGGACACAAAUUGGGUGUCAGUAGCAGUUCAAGAUCUGUCUCAAACACUAGAGCUGAAGCAUCAUACCAAAAUGAAUUGUGCUUUGGUUCUCAGUUGGAAUCCAAAGAGUCAUGGGUUUGCCGCUCAUCAAAUGGAUUUGGUCACCCAAAUGUCAUCAGUGACAGUAGCUCUGCUUCUGAACAUUUUGCUCAGCAUGGUCCUAGAAACAACUUAAGGGAUUUAGGCUCCAUGAUGGAUUCCAAGUUUACAGAAGAGAAGAAAGCAGAUGCAGUAUCUCCAAAUAGUUAUCAGAAUGAUUCAGUUACAUAUGUUUCUAUCAAUGGGACAAAGAAGCAGAACCAGCAAGGAGAAUUGCCUUGGCUUAAGGCAGUUCCUUCAUGCAAUGGAAACUCUUCUCAGAUGAAUGUAGAUUCAUCGCAAAACUAUUCCCACCAAUUUGUUGAUAAAACUGAAAUGAUGAGAAAGAGCUCCUUACAAACCUUUGUUCAGGAUUCUUUGUCAGCUACGUGCGCCCUUGAUGCUGAGCACUGGAAGACUGAAGUUGGUGAGUGUUCAAGCAACAGGAAAAUUCCUAGGUUCUCCCAUUUUGAAAAGCCUUAUAAAUCUAUGGAUCUUGCUACCCCUAUUUCCCCCUUAAAACCAAGCCAUCUUGUUGCUGUUGAUGGUAUGAAGGCCAAUGAUCCAACAUCACCUGAAUAUGGAAAGCAGCAUAAAGUGGAGGGUCAGAUGGAGAAAGGAUUAGUUAAUCACAGUGCUGAUUCAAGACAUCAUAUUGAUUUGAAUUUGUCUGUUGUUGAUGAAGAAGUUGAAGAACUGGCUCAACCAACCCUCUUUUCUUCAAGAAGCAGUCAGAAGAUAGCUCUUGAGAUAGAUUUGGAGGUGCCAGCAGUUGGAAAUGAAAUGGAGAUAGAUUUGGAGGCGCCAGCAGUUGGAAAUGAAAUGGAGUUGCCUCCUGGGUUUGAACAUUAUAAAAGCAGCAGACUACAUGUUGACAGCAGCAAACCUCCUGGGUUUGAAAAUUCUGAUGGCAAAGUUCAAGGACCUGUUAACUUGCUUCAAGAUGUAUCUAAGGAGCUGUACGAAGGACUAAGACAGGUUGCAGCUGAGGCUUUAGUAGCCAUUUCAUCAGCUUGUGUGCCUAAUCAUGAUGAUAGCUGUUCUCAGGAAUCAGAUGAUUUUCCUGGAGAUCCCCUUCAUUGGUUCGCAGAUAUUGUCUCUGCUUACAAGGGUGAUGUUCAGAAUGAGGUUGGAUCAGUUUCAGUGGAUCAGGAAAGUGUUCUUGAACAUGCUUUUCCUAUUGGGAUGGAUUACUUUGAGCUUAUGACAUUAAAACUGACUGAAACUAAGGUAGAACAAUGCAGUUAUGAGCCUGAAGUUUUUGAAAACUCAAAAACUGAAAACUUAAUGCCUAAACGACCCCGAAGAGGUCAGGCAAGGAGAGGGAGGCAAAGGAAGGACUUUCAGAGGGACGUACUUCCUGCUCUUGCUUCACUGUUAAAGAAUGAGGUAACCGAGGAUCUUCAGACAAUCGAAGGGCUGAUAAAAGCCACUGGUGGCAACUGGAAGUCAAGUUUGGCACUGAAAAAUGCUGUGAAGAAUGGUGGGGGCAAGAGAAAGAGGCGAUCAGUAGGUUCUGAUUCUCCUCCUAAUGACCCUGCAGCUUGCCUACCUCAGAUUGAGCUACCUAAAUGUAGCGAAGUGGCAUUGGAGGAGAGAAACCUACUAGGAUGGGGGAAGAGGACCAGACGUCCACCACGACAAAGGUACCCUGUUGGUAGCCCUCCUCUCUCUAUAAAAUAGCCAGAAACAGAAAGAAUAUUUGAUUUCAGAGAAUCAGAAUUCUCUUGGCUUUGGUGCCAGCCGGGGUUUUCCAUUCCAGGGAGAUUCACUUUGUACAUGCUUUCAUUUCUUAACCUUAAUUUGGUUUCCCAGUACCUUGAGUGAGUUGUGUGUUUCAUCAUAAAUAAGUUUCAUUGUUCAUCUCUGAGCUUAAACUGAAACUUCACGGCUUAAUGUACUAUAAUUGCAGGAGUGCUCCUGAAAGUUUGGCAUAUAGCAAAUUUUAGAUUCUGGAGUUGCCCA